CCACAUGAAAUAUUCAAAGUUUACCAAUGAAAUAUUAAAUUAGUGGCCCCCACACCCCAUUCAGAGCUGCUGUUACGUGUUUUGAACGGAGGAUGGCGCCAGAGUCACGCUGCUGACGCACAGCGCUGCGCCUGAGCGGUAACUGCAGAAGCGCACUUUAAUUGCAACAGUUAAGGUAAAAGCCUACACAAGAAAUCUGUUCAAAGGGACAUUUCCCAAAACUUGCUUUUAGAAAAACAGCAGUUUUGCUCUUUUCUGACCAGAUUUUACGUCCAUAAAGAUUUGAUUUCACAUAAGAUUGGACCAAACGUUCAAAUGAGUGAUGUGAUUUUAUUUCAUUUGGGAUAUAUUGUGCCACAAAAUGUAAACAAUAAAAUGGUAUUAUAAGAGGGAACAUUUAAAAGAGAAGACGUAUCUCUGGUCUUAAACAGAGCCCACAGUGAGGGAAAGUUUCCCCAGCCCUCCCUUUCCAGCAGUGCGCCACACCUCCCUCCUGUGCCAUGCAUGCAGAACUCGAGCGCAACUUGAAAACUUUUGGACACCAGCUCUCUGUGCAGCUCAGAUGUGACAGAUGACAGGUAACCCGGAGUCAGGUCUGCAGCGCAUGGCUCUGUCCUGCUCAGCACCUGAAGGUGAAAACCAAAACCAAGGAGAAUGAGUUCAUGUGGGUCCAGCUGGCUUUCUGGAGAGGACCAUUACAGCCGCACGUUUACUGUGGAGGGAUGUCCGAGUGGAGAGUCCGCGGUGACCCCCAGGAAAAGGAUUUACUCUGCGGAGGACCCGCGUUGCAGCAGCCGACCUCCUCCCGAGGGCGCCGGGUCGGUCUCCAUCUCCGAGUCGGAGGAGAAAGGAGGCUUUUGCCAGCAGUGCCAGAAGAGGCUCUCGGAGCUGAAGAGACAGGCGCUGGCUCUGGCUGAUCAAAACUCCUUAAAGGAUCCUGGAUAUGCAUCCUUCCUGUUUGGGCAGCUUCAAACACUUGGAAAUCCUGAACCCGACUGCUGCCAGGUGUGCUCCACGCCUCUUCACCAGCUGAGGCAGGAAGCCCUGCAGACCUUUGGCUCAGACAUGGCAGCCUUGCCAACUCCAUCCAUGUUACCGCAGCCUUCCAGAUUCACUGUGUCGUCCUCCAGCGUCCACGCCAAACAACUACUGAAGAGCCAGCCUGUUACACGCUCCGUCCUGCCUUUGGGGGAGCGACACAAAGUACCGGGAUGGUCACAGAGCCCCUCUUCAUCUUUGGGGUCUAAAACCAGCGUUCAGGUUACAGUAGCAGGAGGUCAGCUCACCGGAUCUAUGAGCACCGUCACCAUCCAGGCGCAGCAGUAUCUUGAUGGAAUGUGGAGCAUCUCCAGUGUCAACAACCUUCUGCCUCAGCCUAAACCUACCCACGGUUUGAUGGGGGAUGCAGACAGUGAUGUCACAGCCUUGGAGGCCCCUGUCACCACCAUGACCAACACCAGCAGCAGCAGCAGCACCCUGGCGCCCUGCCGACUGAGGAGCUCCAGCCAAACGGGACUCCCAGCACCCAUAACCAGUGCGUCCUCCUCUCCCUCCUCAUCUGCAGCUGCCUCAUUCUUCAUUAGGGCAGCUCAGAAGCUGAACCUUUCCUCCAAGCGGAAGAAAAACCAGCCGUCACCGCUUCAUCCACAGGAGCCCUCCAUCUACCCGACCAAUUUCAGCGGCAUCCUGCAGGUCUCAUCGCCCCCUGCCCCACCAUGCCUGCUCCGAGCUGUGUCCAAAGUGAAAGAGAACCCCGGGAUGGGAAAGGUGAAAGUGAUGAUGCGGAUUUGCCCAGCUCCGGAGCCUUCGGACUCCUCCGAGUUCCAGUCCUUCCUAAAAGUCGACAGCAGGAAGAAGCAGCUCACCCUUUAUGACCCUGCAUCCAGCCCUCACUCCAGCUCAGGGCACAGGAGGUCUGCCACUGUGGCUGUCCCAAAGAUAUUCGCCUUUGAUGCUGUUUUCACCCAGGAUUCCUCACAAGCUGAGGUGUGCUCAGGGACGGUAGCGGAGGUCAUCCAGUCGGUGGUAAAUGGUGCAGACGGCUGCAUCUUCUGCUUCGGUCAAGUCAAGCUCGGCAAAACCUACACCAUGAUUGGUAAAGACAGCUCCAUGCAGAGCCUCGGCAUUGUGCCCUGUGCCAUUUCCUGGCUUUUCAAGCUCAUCAACGAGCGCAGGGAGAAGACUGGUACACGGUUCUCAGUCCGUGUCUCUGCGGUGGAAAUCUUUGGGAAGGAUGAAGAGCUGAAAGACCUGCUGUCUGAGGUGUCAACCGGCAGCCUGCAGGAAGGCCAGUCGCCGGGAAUCCAUCUGAGAGAGGAUCCCAUCUGUGGCACUCAGCUCCAGAAUCAGAGCGAGCUUCGAGCCCCUACUGCUGAAAAAGCCGCCUUCUUCCUGGAUGCAGCCCUGGCUGCUCGCAGCACCAGCAGACCGAACGCGGAUGACGACGAGAGGCGGAACUCCCACAUGUUGUUCACGCUGCACAUUUACCAAUAUCGCAUGGAGAAGAGCAGCAAAGGCGGAAUGUCGGGCGGACGGAGCAGGCUGCACCUUAUUGACUUGGGGAGCUGUGAAAAGGUCCUGAGUAAGAGCAGAGACGGCGGUGGAGGCUUGUGUCUUUCCCUGAACGCACUGGGAAACGUCAUCAUGGCUUUGGCAAAUGGGGCAAAACACGUACCUUAUAAGGACAGCAAGCUGACAAUGCUGUUGAGGGAGUCCCUCGGCAACAUCAACUGCAGAACCACCAUGAUUGCCCACAUUUCGGAUUCUCCGGCCAACUACGCAGACUCACUCACCACCAUCCAGCUGGCUUCCCGUAUCCAUCGCAUGAGGAAGAAGAAAACAAAGUAUGCAUCCAGUUCUUCUGGAGGGGAAAGUUCAUGUGAGGAAGGGAAGGUUCGGCGGCCGCCUCACCUAAGGCCGUUUCACCCUCGGACCGUAGCCCUGGACCCAGACUUGCCCGCCCUGCUCAGCGACCCAGAAUACUCAUCGAGCAGUGAACAGUCUUGUGACACCGUUAUUUAUGUGGGCCCUGGGGGAGCUGCGAUCUCUGAUAGGGAGCUGAGUGACAACGAAGGCCCACCUGCCUUUGUUCCAAUCAUCCCCUCCUUAAACAAGAAAAGAUCUACUAAAGAAGGCCCUCUGGACAGAGACCAGUUUUUUAAAUGCAACACAUUUGCAGAGCUUCAGGAGAGGUUGGAGUGUAUAGAUGGUAGUGAAGAACCCACUGCUUUUGUUGGAGAGGGCAAGAAAAGCCAAGCUAGCCCUAACACUGACAAAUCUAAGGAAGGCCAAGGCUCUAAUUCACCAAAGACUGUAGCAAAUAUUCCCAACAGCCAAGAGGGCACGUCGAACAAACUUUUCCCCAAACCUGUCACCAUGCCCUGCAGCCCUAAUAUUAAACCUAAACUGGACACUGUAAUGACACAAUGCAUACAUGAAGAAAGUGCUUCAUCAGAAAAUGUUCUCAACAUUUGCAGAACUAGUGCCGAUGGUGAGAAGGCCCUGAUCUGUGAAAACCAGGUUAAUACAAAUUAUCUGGCAACAACCACUGUGCUAAACUCAGAGCCUGUAGUGCGGGAAAAGGUUUACCCCAACAAGAAGGGCCUGCCAAAGCCGGCACCACCCCCUUUGCAGCAGAAAGUAAAUAUAGAGAAGGAGGAAAGAUCAAGCACCAGAAUGCCACCAGUAGGAAUGAGCCACCAAGCUGUGAAUAGAAGGGACCCUUGCACUUCUCCUUUGUUUAGAGCUCCAGUGGAGGUCUGCCAGGUGCGUUCAACCAUGAGGGAACGGUGCAUGGAUCGGGAUAUCCUUAGAGCUACGGUCACCCUGCAGCAGCCAGUGGAGCUGAAUGGAGAAGAUGAGUUAGUGUUCACUGUGGUAGAAGAGCUGUCUAUUGGAAGUAUUGUGGAUAAAGGUAGGCCAUCGAGCAUUAUAAGCUUUAAUAGUGACUGCUCGCUUCAGGCUUUGGCUUCUGGUUCCCGACCUGUCAGCAUUAUCAGCAGCAUCAAUGAUGAAUUUGAUGCGUAUACAUCAACUGUGGGAGGAUCUGAGGUUAACGUUGCAGUGGUCACACCUCUUCAAGAUGGCGCAAUGGAAAGUAUCGACAGCAGGGGCUCUUCUAUCAGUUCUUGGUUGAGUGAGGUCAGUGUCUGCACAUUGGAAAGUGAAGGGGUCCAUUCUGCAGAUGUUUUCAUUCCACAGGCCAAACAUGUGGGACCAGAGGGCACCUUUUAUUUUGAUCCCUUUGACGUGUUUCAUUGUGCAUCGCCCUCAAGAGACCCCAAGAACUCCUUAAAUGACAGUGGCUUUAGUUUUUCUGAACAGGACAGUGACAGUACUGCUUCAAGCAAAUUAUCACUGUCAAAGUGUCCCACAUCACCUGAAUCAACAAAAGGAUCUCUUAGAUUCACAUCGAAAUUUACUAAAGCCCACUCAUUGAGCUCCUCGCCACCUCCACAGGGCCCCUCCGUUAUACACUCCAGUCUGCCCAGGAGGAUUAAACCUACCUCAUCCACCUCUCACAGUAGUAGCAGCAACAGUAGAGAUUCACCAAGGCAAGAGGCUAAACAGGACGAUCCCUGGCAACGCAACAACCACUCAGAACCUCAGAUUUCUGACUCCAGCAGCACCAGCAGAUUUCUAAGAAAUCCCCCUAGUGGCAUCAUUUCCAGCAAAACACCCAACAAUGGCAACAGUGUACCUCGUCCACCCAAGGCGCCAGGGUCUACCUCAUCCCAGAGAGUGGUCGAUGGCUGUGAGAAGUCAGCUACCAAGAAUCCACCCAGUAAAAUGCCUCAGCUGAGACGAGGCGCCACCACCCUGGGAACAGUGCCUGUCAUUCAUUCCUCCACAGAUCACAAAGGAACCCAAGAGGUUUCUGCAUCUACGGCAAGCCUUAAAUUCUCCUCUCUGGGGAAAAACAAGGCAAACUCACAGAAAGCAAGUAAUCUCCCUAAACCUGUCUGUGUCUCUCCACCUCCCCCUCCAGUAAGAAAGUCCAGUCUUGAUCACAAGACCAAGAUCCUGCUGCCCCAAAGUGCCUUAAAGUCAGCAUACGGGGAGGCAGGAAGGACCUCUGGGGUAAGGGUAGCUUUAUCAGAGGAUGAGCUUGAAGUACAUCAGAAAAUAGAUUCUGUUCAUUUAAAAACCUCCAGCCUCAAUACAGCCAAAGUAACCUCCAGCCUGAAGGCCAAAGGGUCUAGAGGAGAUUCUGGGCUGCAUUACGGCAGUCAGAUGUCACUGGAAAAGUGUGAAAGCCUGUCUUUAUCGGGUUCCAGAGCUGUGCUUAGUAGGGAGAACAGUGGGGCAAGUCUAAGUAGCAAAUCCAACAAGCCCAUGCCAAGAUUCGGUAUUCCUAAUUCGUCCAGUUCUCCAAUAGCUACCUUCCAGUCUACUCAAAGUGGUGGAAAUAUUGGUAAAUCUGGUCCAGUAAAAGCUAUUGUAAAUCCCAGGGCAUUAGGAGCAGUUAAUGGAAGUAAAGCACGCUCACUGUCAGCCAAUAGCUCCAAGGGCCUCAGCUCUUCAACAAAAUCUUUGGCCCCUCCUGUGGCCAAAAAUACCAAUGCUAACCUUCCUCCAUCGGGUCGAACAUCAGCCCCUCGGACGACUGCUCCGGCUACAAACAAGCCUGGGAGAGGUACCAUCAUGGGCACAAAGCAGGCCAUUAGGGCUGCAAACAGCCGCGUGAGUGAACUAGCAACAGGUACCAUGUCGGGCAAACAUGGGAGAGGCUCCGGAGAUUCAGACAGUGGGAAUGACAGUGGCGUGAACGUGAGUGAUGACAAGUUGCCCACAGCCAUGCUGCCUUCGCCAUAUAGUAAAAUCACUGCACCAAGGCGGCCUCAGCGAUACAGCAGUGGCCAUGGCAGCGACAACAGCAGCGUACUGAGUGGGGAGCUGCCUCCAGCUAUGGGACGCACAGCUCUGUUCUACCACAGCGGAGGCAGCAGCGGAUAUGAAAGCAUGAUCAGAGACAGUGAGGCCACAGGCAGCGCUUCCUCUGCCCACGACUCCAUGAGCGAAAGCGGGAUGUCAUCGUCAGGCAGAGCACGGAGCUCCAAAUAUCCCAAGAAGAGAGCUAAUGGCUUCCAGAGAAGACGGUUGAUCCCAGCACCCCUGCCAGACACAUCCUCCCUGGGGAAGAAGGUGGGCACAGCAGGCCAGUGGGUGGACUUGCCUCCAAUGUCUGGACCUUUGAAAGAGCCCUUUGAGAUCAAGGUGUAUGAGAUCGACGAUGUGGAACGACUCCAAAGACGGCGUCUGGAGGAAACCACAGAGCAACCAUUCCAGGAUGUUGACAAGGGUCUGCUGUAUUUUAAUAGUAAGUUGAAGAUUCUGGAGAGACGGCAACAGCAAGUGAGGGAACUGAGGGCGAAGCAUCAAGUGUUGUUAGAGGAGCUGGAGGACACAAAGACCCGGCUGAUGAUGGAUCCUAAUAAGUGGAUGGGAGAGUUUGAGGUGGAUCGGGAUUUGGACAAAGAGUCUCCGGAGUACCUGGAGGCGCUGGCGCAGGCCACAGAGGAGCUGGAGUUUUGCGUCAACUUGUGCAAGUCCCAUGUCAUGAUGGUGACCUGUUUCGACAUCAGCAUGCCGUCGACAUGCUGCCCUGCAGAGGGACUGCGUGAAGUUGAGGUCUGAGGACGACAGAAAGUCGAGAAGAGGAAGUGAGAAGAGACGGAGGGAGAAGGAGGAUUUUGUGGAUACCACUGGAGAGAAGAACAACCGAGAACGAGAUGUGGAUGCGAGUGGAGCUUUACUUAGAAACAGAGAAACACAUCACUGUUGAGCUGCGGUGCCUCGUUGUCUCCAGGACAGAGCAGAGAAAUGAAGCGUGAGCACAAAUGCUGCUGUCGUCAUGGCAGCACAGUGGCUAUCACUUACUGAAAAGUCAAUGAAAAACACCUGGAAGUGCCUUUCUUAUGAUUUAGUUUGACUCGUUAUUUUUCUUACGAUGCGGGCAUAACCUGAACACGAUGCUUUUAAAACAAAUAUUUUAUACUGCCUUGUAUAUUGUAUUUAAAUGAAUGUGUGGUGUGUACAUUUAGUCAUUUGAGGGGGGAUUAAAAUAAAGAAAAAAGAGAAUUAGCAAUAAGCUAAUGUUGUUACGCUCCCAGACGUUUGCCUUUUCUCUUGUUUCAAACCUCAAGCAGCAUUUUAUCCAUGUCCAUUCAGCCUCUUGCGCCUUAAGUUACAUCUCUGGUUAUGCCGUUGGUUCGAUUUUUGAAACUGGACUUUAUUUCAUCCAGAUGCAUUUACUGUUAACGUUCUUCUCCUGCUAGCUGGCCUGUAAAAGUUUGCAGGGUGGAAUGAAAAUGUUUCCCUCUAGUUGCCUUGGUCAAAACGUGUCUCUGUGGACGAGUGGAGGUGGAGGAGAUGUGACGUUGCCCCUGUGGUCAUCUCGCUAGAAACAAGAGAUGAAGCCAAAACAAUCAGCGGGGCAGUGAGAUGGAUUAUUUAUGAUUCAGCCAUUCUUCUGGUGCCUCAGUAAGUCGUCAUGCAACCCUGAGAGAUUUUUACAUUUUUAUUCACCUGUGACAAAAGUAUGGUGGUUACAAUUAAAGGGGUGAACACAAGGAAACAGCCUCUUCUUAGUACCUUCCUGUGCUGCCAAACCUCCGUUCUAUGCAUUCCAGUACAUUUUACAGCAACUACUUACAUAGUAUCUCAUUUGAGACCUAAAUACGAGCUUCUUUUAUCCCCAACUUGGGCAGUCAAAAUUGAUUUUGUAUCCGAAAGAUUAGUUCUUCAUGAAAGGACUCGGAGAAAAAAGAAAGACAAGCUAAAUCAAUCAGGAUCUGAGCUCUGAAGCUGCUAGAAUGUGCCGAUGAAUCAAACGGCGGACAGAGAGAACAAAGACGACUGGUGAAAAUGAUUUUUCCUGAAAAUAAACAAAAAAACCAAACCACUGGCUAUGAUCUAUCUCACUUUGUUCUGUUUCUAUCUCUAUGGCGGAUUUUGCUUCGCGUUUCUUUUUCACAAAGACGUUCUCUCUCUCAGGCCCUCUCUGAAGAUGCUGCAUGAGCUUUUUAAAUCAUUUUUACGGAUGCUUUCUACUCCCAUUUCUACCAUUCUAAUUUUUUACAACAAUUUAAGUUUUCACUGACUUAGGACUAGACUCAUAAACUGAAUGAUUAUUACCAAACCGAGACCUUUUUUUUCCUAGAAAUGAUUCUAUGUAAGGUCAUGUUUCAUAUCAAAACACAUAUUUUUUAAUAUCUUUGUUUUUUUGUUUGUAUAGGAUUUUCAAACCUUGUGUAAAAAUGUACAAUAUGGCAGCUUGUGUUUACUUUUACUGUACCUGUGAAUAAAAUGUUUCUUCUUACUGGUGA